GUUUAAUGUUUGGGUGUGUCUAAAUAUUUGCAAACACAUUUAAUAACCGAAAUUAAAUUCGGAAAUAAAUAUGUUUAGAGUGAAACUUGAACUUGAUAUUAUGUAAAGUAACAAUCUGGUACAGAGAAUACAAUGGCAGCUAUUUUUUCAUUUACAAUUUUAUGUUUUAUUACCGCUCAAACUUCAGCUAACUACUUUGGCAGCGAAAAUGUUAACAAAAUAGGAAGCAUCCAAAGGAAAGAAGGUCAAGAUCUAAUAACAUGGUGCACUAUAUCAGCAUUGGAACAAAAAAAAUGUGAAAAACUUAUGAAGAGUUCUUUGCAGGAUAAAGGACUUUUUGGGAAUGAUUAUAUUGAGUUGCAGUGUAAAAAGGCAUUCGACAUUGAAGAGUGUAUGAAAUGGCUAGAACAAGAAGAGGCUACACUGCUUGGCUUAGAUGCAGGAGAAGUGUAUGUUGCUGGCAGAUAUCAUUCUCUUGUGCCCAUAUUACAAGAGUUAGAUGGGCGUGGAGAACCGUACCAAUAUUCUGUUGCUGUAGUUCGUAAAGGAGGACUACCAAAUAUUCAGCCGGGGUAUGGUCUUCAGGCAAUGCGAGGAGCAAAAGCCUGCUUUCCCAGUGUUGGAUCAUUGGCAGGAUGGGUAAUGCCGAUACAUGUAUUAAUGCAAGAAGGUGGACUGAAGGUCACUGAUUGCAACAAUCACGUCAAAUCAGCAACCGAAUACUUUGGAGAAUCUUGCGCGCCAAACUCAUUAAAGGACCUCUAUAACCCGAUUGGGGAUAAUUCCGAUAAGCUAUGCAAACUAUGUUAUGGCGGUGCUGGUAUUCGAUGCACACUGGCCGACCCGUUCGCCGGAUAUGAGGGAGCCUUGAAAUGUCUCGUAGCUAACAACUCUGGGGAUAUUGCCUUCGUACGUGACACCACUAUACAGCACGCCCUGCUCUCUCAUAAGAUACUUGGCGGCAUAACCGAGGAUCAGUUCGAGUUGAUAUGCCGAGACGGAUCCCGGAGGCCGGUCACGGAGUGGGAACAUUGUAAUUGGGGCAAAGUUCCCGCUGAUGCUAUCGUUACAACGAGCGCUGCCACACCUGAACAGAAGAGAAGGUAUCAAAACUUCCUACAGCGCAUCGUCCAACUGUACGGGGAGCCGAACCGAUUCAACAAAAUGUACAACGCCACGGUGUACCAGCCGAAGGACAAAUUCGGGAAUAUUCUAUCGUCAUCUACGGAACCAAACAGAUUUUCAUACGAUAAUUAUAAUUUUAACAAGGAUCGAUAUUUUGAUAACAGAGAAACCGAGAGCGAUAUUCGGGUCAGCACAUUGCCUCCAUACCAACAGCGGACCGAUGACACAGGAAGACCUAUUGAAUUACCAUUUCAAUUGUUCUCGUCGAAUGAGACAACCGACUUACUACUACAGGACUCAACGAUAAACUUCAUAAUAUUGUCAGAGAGCGAACAGGCAGCUAAACACAUACUGAACAACAAGUAUGUUGGCGACCAGGCCGAGAAGGCGGUUAUGGGCAUUAGAGAUUGCCCGGUGAAACGCGCAGCCCUAUGUGUGACUAGUGACCCGGAAAUGGACAAAUGCGUAAAAAUGAGGAGAGCGCUGAAGGCGGCGUCGCUGUCCCCCGAGCUGAGCUGCUGGCGCGCACACAGCUCGCGGCACUGCGCGCGCGCCAUCGCCGCCGGCUCCUGCGACUUCGCGCUGUUCGACGCCGGCGACAUGCUGCACGCCGCGCAGCACGACCGCCUCGUGCCCUUCAUGCAAGAGGUAUACUCAAGCGGCGAUAGCUGGUACUACGCGGUGGCCGUCGCCAAAGAACAGGACCCGGAUACGGAUCUGACGUAUCUGCGCGCCAAGAACACGUGCCACACCGGCAUAGGCAUGGCCGCCGGCUGGCUAUAUCCGCUGGCUUAUCUGCUGUCUAACGGAUGGAUCAGGCCGUACGGUUGCAACGGGGCCCACGCAGCAGCCGAGUACUGGACCAAGUCCUGCGCACCCGGAGCGUUGAGCUCUGAAUACGUGGACUCGGGCAGCUUGCCUUACGACAACCUCUGUCACUUAUGUCAUGGUGCCUCUUUCAGACGUUGUCGGCGCGACGCGAGCGAGCAGUACUUCGGUCACGUGGGCGCGGUGCGGUGCAUGGUGGAGGGGGGCGGGGACGUGGCCUUCGUCCGCCACACCGCGCCCGCAGAGGUAUCCGCCGGACGACGCCGCGAGUUCUGGGCGCGCGAUCUGCUCCCCGACGACCUGCAGCUGCUAUGUCCAGACGGCACCCGCGCCAAAAUGCACGAGUACAGACACUGUAACCUCGGCAAAGUCCCAGGAUCGGUCCUGAUGGGGCGGGCGAAUCAUACAGAACUCGACGCUUUUUCGAAUUUAAUGGUAUACGCUCUACAAUUCUACGGGGCUGUCACUUCUGAUGAAUUCAGUUUCAGCAUGUUCUACUCUCAGCCUCCUUAUUCCGAUCUGAUAUUCAGUGAUGUCGCAGUACGUCUGAAGCCACUGCCACAUAAUACACGCUCAGCAGAGAUAAUUGCUGGCCCGGCUCUGUUACGUGCGGCACGCAUUGUGUCAUGCGACGCACCUCAAGCCUCAUACUACGUGGCUCCAGACCCCGAGUUCCUAUCGCACGCUAACAAGAAUCAUAUGGGGCAUUUUCUAGCUAUAGUUAUAUUUAUUGUUGCACUUUUAAGAUAAUAUUUGAUUCAAAGUUGCUUUGCUGGUAAAUUAUUUGCCUUGUAAUAAUGUGUAGGUUUUUGUACUAGUAAAACUCAGACAUAAUAUUAAGUGAAAGUGCAUUUAAAAAGCUGCUAGUGAUUUUUAUUUUGUACCAUUCCAUAUAUUCCAGUGAAAAACAUCACAAAUAAAACUGAAGGAUUUCUUCAAAAUUCAAUAUUCAGAAAUAAUAGAAUAUCCAAUUUACUUUGUAAAACGUAAUAUUAAUUAGUUUAAGACAAAUGUGAUUUUUAAACUUUAUUCCGUCCAAAUAUGUGUACUGUACUUUGUGUUUAUGCAAUUAACUUUAUUUUU